UCAUACGAUCGGCUUCCAAGCAAACAACAUCUAAACUUUGGAAUAUUGGACUUGGACGUGUAUUUUUGUGCAAAUCAUCCAUUAUGUCAGGACAGUCCAGGAAUUCCUGGAUAAAGAAAGAUGACCCAAAACUUGUUUCUGGGAAGCAAAAAGAUAUUUUUGAGGACAUUCUCGAGGACCGUCGUCACUCCAGUGAUGCAAAAUGGGCAUGGCACACUCGAGAUGUUCCUCUUUAUAAAGAAAACAAACCAAGAUCACCUGAAGAGAUCAAGAAACAUGUACUACACAGUGAUAGAGUCAAGUAUGCCAUAGAACAGGUUUGUGAAGAGAGUGGAUUGCCAAUGGAGGAAAUUCACAAACAAACAGUGGAGAUCCUAAAUGAAAUGGCUCACAAUCUAAGCAUAAAUGCUAUCCGGGGUUUUGCAGUGUUUCUUGUCAAAGUUAUGAAGGCCCUCUUCAGAAGAAUUUAUGUCAAUGAGGAAGGUGUACAAAAGGUUCACAGUAUGAUUAAGGAGUACCCAGUAUUGGUGAUGCCCACACACAGAAGUUACUUUGAUUUUCUGCUGGUCUCAUUUGUUUUCUUUGCUUACGAGUUACCCCUCCCAGUUAUUGCAGCUGCCAUGGACUUCAGCAGUAUGAAGUUCUUUGGCUGGCUGUUGAGGAAUUGCGGAGCUUUCUACAUACGGAGGAGUUUUGGAGAUGACCAGCUUUACUGGGCAGUGUUUACAGAGUACGUACAAACACAGAUCUGUCAUGGAGACCAUCCUAUUGAAUUCUACGUGGAGGGAACUCGAAGUCGAACACUCAAAUCUUACUCACCAAAAUUCGGUAUGCUGUCGGCAUCACUUGAGCCUUACUUUAAGGCCCACAUCCCUGAUAUCAUGGUGUUUCCAGUCAGUAUUAGUUAUGACAAGGUCCUGGAGGAAACACUUUAUGCCUAUGAACUUCUUGGAGUUCCUAAACCUAAAGAAUCAACAGGGGCAUUAUUAAAGGCAAGGAAUAUAUUGAAUGAGGAUUUUGGAAAUGUUCACAUGUACUUUGGUGAACCAAUUUCAAUAAGGCAAUAUACAACAGGAAAGGUGGAUAGAAGUGUUCACAGUUUAGCUCCGAGAUACAUAGCUAGUUUGUCUAAAGAAGAAACAAAGCUCCUCCAAAUCCUUGGAUACGAUGUUGUCAUGAAGCACCUGUCAAACAUGGUUAUCUCCCCUUGGUCUCUUAUUGCUGCUGUAUUGGUUCAGAAUAAAGAGGGCAUUACAGUCAAACAGUUGACAAAAGAAGUGGAGUGGAUCAAGAGGCAGGCCUUUAAUUUAGGGGCAAAUAUAGACUGGCCAGGCAAUGAGACAGCUGAUGACAUCAUCAGAAGUGCACUUGAUCUUCAUAAAAACUUUGUACGAGUGAGCACUGAUGACGUAAUAGAACUGGUUUCUGUGGUAGCACCUCACCAGAAGGGGACUCAGGAUGAGUUGAUGCAGUCUGCUGCUCAGCACCUUGUCCUGACUCUAUAUAGGAAUCAACUCAUGCAUGUCUUUGUUAGAAUUGCAAUGGUUACCAUCAGUAUUAAUGCCUGUCCAAAUGAUACCCUGUCAUUAGAGGAACUUUUUACCAAAUACUCCUUCUUAGAGCAACUCCUCAAUCGAGAUUUUAUUUUUAAGCCUGGUAGUACAAAACAGGACUUUGAAAAUGCUGUGUUGACCUUGACUCAUAAUUGCGGUGUCAUAAUAAAAGAUAACCUAGUGCAGAUAAAGAGAUCGCAGAAUAAAUACACCACUUUUUUCAGUCAGAUGUUUGAACCAUUUCUUCUUGGAUACUGGAUACUCUGUCGAUGCAUAUUAUCAACACAAAUAGAUAUUCAUAAUAAACCAAUAGCCAAGCCACCAAAAACAAUAUCCAGGGAAGCUCAAACCCUUGGGGCUCGAUUAUUAAGGGAGCGAUGUGUCCGUAAUCUUGAAGUUCUCUCCUUGGACUUACUGGGAAAUGGGCUUCAUGCUCUAGUACACAUGGGGGCAGUCAGGAAAGAAAAAAGAGAUGGACAGACAUACAUGUUCCCAAACACAAUUGUUUUGACCAGUGUGUGUUCUCAGCUAGAGCAGUUUAUUGAAGUUCCACAGAUUCCCACAACUAGUAUCAAUGUAGAAUCCAAGACAGUUGUCAUCACUGCCAAACUGUGACAGAAAUAUCCAGUACUGUCAAACUGUGACAGAAAUAUAUAAGUACACUGACAAUCUGUGAUAAAAAUAUGUCUGUCAUUGACAGACUGUCACUGAAUGAUAACUACUGACAAUCUGUGGCAGAGAUAAUAAGAGCUAAAAAAAUGAUAAUACCUGUUAUUAUGAACAUUAAUUAGCACAAAAAAAACAACUCCCUUUGAUAACAAAUUUAUUUAAUGAUCCUGCUGAUUGAUUGCCUUUUCGUCUAUUGAAAGUGUCACUGUUACUUGUUCAAUGUGUAAAAUUGACAUAAUUAUGUUGAGGAUUAAUGUAUUGUUGUAGUCCGUAUCUAUGCUGUCACAGUCAGCAUACUGCAUGAAGAAAAAUGCACUUAGACUGUAUAUAUUUUUUUUUAGAUACACUGUACAUGUGCAUGUAACUUCUUAAUGAAGGAGUCAGUUGAGUGUGCUAGGUUUGUGCAUUAAUUAUGAAAGAUGCAGAAUUUUAAAACUGAAAUAGCAGGGACUGUUCAGAUUAUUUGAUGAAAUUGCCAAAUACCCCACUCCAUCCCCCCCACUAUCACUAACAAGAUACUCUUAAAAUGUUUAAAUUUAUAUGUGUGUAACAAAGCAUGCUACAUGCAUACCAGAUUUUAACAUUAUAUUUUGCUAGUACCAAAUGCUUAUCUGCAAUAUAUAAUGUACAUAUCAUUUCAUUAUAUGCUUGUAAGGAAAAUAAGGACAAUUCGAUAAAUUACAGAAUGUCAAUACCAGUAACUUUUUUAUGGAGAUAAACAUGUAUGCAUUUUUGAUGCUGCAUGCAUAAUGUGUCAUUUACACAUAUCUCCCAAAUUCAUCUUUUGUU